UGAAACAAUAUAUGGUCUUUUAAAAAGCUGGGAACUGAACCUGAUGGAAAAGGUUAGGUCAUAUCAGGAUUCAUUGAGUCAAUUAUGCAGAACACCAGGAGCGAUGCCAGAAAAAUUAGCUUGAUUCCUUCAGAUUUUUAUAUGACAAGUUUGUAAGAUUUUCUACAUUGCUUUCUCACUCUUUAAGGUGAAGAAGAUUCUGCUAUCAAGAAAACGUGCCUGUUAUGCAAAAUAAGAUACCUGUCUCUUCCAUAAUUGAGAGUCAAUAUAAUCAGAGAUUGAAAUGGUAUGACACAAGCUUUGAAUCAUUUGACUUUGAAGGCCUUCAUGGUUUUCUGAGAACUUGGAACAGAAUUUGGACACCUGGUUCUGCGCAGCCCCAUGUUAUAAUGCCAUCCUUGCCUAAUGAGGGAGAUAACCAAGGAACCUCUUGUCUGACUUUGAGUUCAGAACUGCCUUACCAAAGCACAAUUAAAAGAAAAGUCAGAAAGAAGAAAAAGAAUGGAAUCAUCACUGCGAACGUUGCCGGCACAAAAUACGAAAUUGUUCGUCUAGUAAUAGAUGAAAUGGGGUUUGUGAAGACAAGAGACGAAGAUGAGACUGCUAAUCUCAUAUGGAGUGAUUCUGCUGUGCAACAAGACAAGAUUGCUGAGCUCCGAAACUACCAGAGAAUCAACCAUUUUCCAGGAAUGGGAGAGAUCUGUAGGAAGGAUUUCUUAGCAAGAAACAUGACCAAAAUGAUCAAGUCUCAGCCUCAGGAUUAUAGUUUUAUUCCUCGAACAUGGAUCUUCCCUGCAGAAUAUAUGCAAUUUCAGAACUAUGUAAAGGAACUGAAGAAGAAGCGAAGACAGAAAACUUUUAUAGUCAAACCAGCUAAUGGUGCAAUGGGGCAUGGAAUCUCUCUGAUAAGAAAUGGAGAAAAACUACAAGCUCAGGAUCACUUGAUUGUCCAGGAAUACCUUGACAAACCAUUUCUUAUGGAAGGCUACAAGUUUGAUUUACGAGUGUACAUUCUGGUGACAUCCUGUGAUCCAUUAAAAAUAUUUUUAUAUCAUGAUGGACUUGUGAGAAUGGGCACAGAGAAGUACCAUCCUCCCAAUGACUCUAAUUUGAGCCAGUUGUAUAUGCAUCUAACCAACUACUCUGUGAAUAAACAUAAUGAGCAUUUUGAACGGGAUGAAACAGAAGAUAAAGGCAGUAAACGCUCCAUAAAAUGGUUUACUGAGUUUCUACAAACAAAUCACCUUGAUGUUUCCAAAUUCUGGAGUGAUAUUUCAGAACUAGUGGUGAAGACUCUCAUAGUAGCAGAGCCACAUGUCCUUCAUGCUUAUCGUAUGUGCAGACCAGGCCAAGCUCCCGGAAGUGACAGUGUCUGUUUCGAAGUACUAGGAUUUGAUAUUCUGCUGGACAGAAAACUAAAACCCUGGCUCCUGGAGAUUAAUCGAGCCCCAAGCUUUGGAACUGACCAAAAAAUAGACUAUGAUGUAAAAAAAGGUGUUCUGCUAAAUGCACUAAAGCUUCUCAAUAUAAGGACAAGUGAUAAAAGGAGAAACUUAGCCCAACAAAAAGCUGAGGCUCAAAAGAGACUUUAUGGUCAAGGCUCAAUGAAAAGACUGUCACCAGGAUCCUCUGACUGGGAAAAACAGCGCCACACGCUAGAGAGGAGAAGAGAAGAACUGAAAGAAAGACUUGCACAAGUUCGUAAACAGAUUUCCAAAGAAGAGCAUGAAAACAGACACAUGGGGAACUACAGGCGAAUUUACCCUCCUGAUGAUAAGCUGUUACUUGAAAAAUAUGAGAGUUUGUUAGCCAUUGCUUUCCAGACGUUCCUUGCUGGGAGAGCAGCUUCCCUUCAGCGGGAGUUGAAUAACCCUUUGAAAAGAAUGAAGGAGGAAGAUAUUUUGGAUCUUCUGGAGCAAUGUGAACUAGAUGAUGAAAAACUGAUGGGAAAAUCCACUAGGCAACCAGGACCCAAGCCCCUGUCUUCUAUGCCAGAAAGUUCACAGACCUUAAAAAAACAGAGGAACUACAGUAGUGAGAGUAGCUGUGACAGCAGCAGCAACACAUCAGAAUGGGAGGAGGAAACUGAAAUGGAAGAUCACAAUGAGAAAAAAGAGAUGAAAGAGUCAUAUGAGCUUGAAGAAAACAAGUAUAAAUUAUUAGAGCGAUCCAGCAGAUUACACUGGAAACCUUUAAUUAAAAAUAUAAAAACUCCAUCAUAUUCACCCUCCACAUCAUCCACAGGUCCUAUAAGGCGUUCUGUAAGCUGUCCCCGUUCAAUAUCAGUCUUCGCUAUACAGUCACAAGCAGCUGAGCAACGUCCCUUUUCAGCCAAACCUGCAGUGCAAAUGCCACGUCCGUCGUCAAUGAAUAGGUCCCAUUCUUUAACUCGUAAUUCAUCUUCAGUUGGAAUGUGUAAUACUGCUAGUCUGGGCACAGUACACUCUUCAGGGAGAACAAAAGAGCAAGAAGAGGCAUUGACAAGAGAGACACUGUUCAUUUUCAAUGAUAUGAGGAUCAAGUUCCCAGGAAAAACAGAUGAAGAGGCAGAAUUAAUCAUAGAAAAUAUUAUGGAUAAUUGGAAAUACCAUAAGACAAAUGUGGCUUCAUAUUGGCUGAUAAAACUGGACUCUGUAAAGCAACGAAAGGUUUUGGACAUAGUGAGGACAAGUGUUCGUGCUGUUCUGCAACGUGUCUGGAGGGUUUCUGAUGCUGAAUGUUUACAUUUGUACCGUAUUUUUAACCGUUUGUUUAAUCGCUUACUCUGGAGCCAUGGCCAAGGCCUGUGGAACUGUUUCUGUAAUUCAGGAAGUUCUUGGGAGACCAUAUUCAGUAAAAGGACAGAGGUGGUGACUCCUGAACAACUCCAGUGUUGUCAACGACUAGUACAACUUUGUAAACACUGCCUGCUAGUGGCUUACAAAUAUUCAGCAGAUUCAAGAGGAUCUGUUACUGGAAUUAGCCCUGACUGGGAUGAUACAAGGUAUUUACUGCCAGGACCUUCACAGUUAAUCAUGAAAACAUCCUCCAACUUUAUCUGCACUUCAUCUGGAAUGCCUCGCUCUAACAUAUUGUUUGCACCCAGGUAUAGCCACUUGUGAAACAAAGAGAAGAGUGCCACGCUUGAUAAAUAAUGGCAUUCCAUUUUUCCACUUUAAAUUUGUGAGGGAGCUGAGUAUAAGCACUGUUAUAUAUUUGCUACAGUACAUAAAAUUUAGCUGAAAUCCUACUGUAAAAGCAUAACCUUUCUGGAAAUGUAAUAAACAUUGUUAAGUUGUUUACACAAAUAUGUGAAUGUCCAGAUCUUGCUAAGUUUAUAAGUAAUUCCUUCCUACUAGAAAUGUUAUUUUUGCUGCAAUAUAUAAAAUUGAGUUAAUCUUGAAGAUCCUAUUACAGUGUUUAAUUCGGUACAAUAUCUUUUAACUUGAAAUAUAUUUAUUGUAAAUCAUACUGUUCAUUCUCUCCUAGAUAAGCCUGUUGUAGAACAGUAAUGGUAAUUAAAUAUAAGUUGUCUGAUCAUUUCUAUAGCACAUUUUAAAAUAUUGUAAAAGCAAGAUCUAAUAUACAGACGUUUGUAUUUCUCCUAUGAAAUUACAAGGUAUGUGUAAUAUUGUUUUUCAGUAAGGACAUAAAGUAUCUUUUAGUCUAAAUGAAGACAAUCCAGAGGGUAAAUAUUCAAAUAUGCCAGUUCUGGCAAAUAGCUUCUAGUUGGACCCUUGUAAUAAAACAGAAGGCAACGGUUAUUGUCAGAUCUUCCUUCAACCUUCUUGUGUCUUGUGCCUUUCAGUUUCAUUUGGGAUCAAGUAGUAACCUACAACUCAUAAAAGAGCCAUGCAUAUGCAGACAUUUUUCAGAAUUACUGCAGUGCAACAGUAGCCUCUCUAAAUCUUAAAAUAGUAUGAUUUGGUUUGGUUUUCACUGUAGGGUGCAUUAUAUAUUGUAGAAUGACAGGUUUCAGAGGAACAGCCGUGUUAGUAAAGUGAAGUGAGCUGUAGCUCACGAAAGCUCAUGCUCAAAUAAAUUGGUUAGUCUCUAAGGUGCCACAAGUACUCCUUUUCAUAUUGUAGAAUGUAUACUCUAAUGUAUACUUACAGUAUUUUCUAGACUUGCUGAAAUCCUAACAAAAUGGUUGAAGGUACAAUUAAUUAGAUUUGUUACUCAAAUUCAGCUUUGCAGACCUGGCUGAGUGACACAAUAAGAACUUGAUAUGUUCAUGAGCCAGAUCCUGAAGGCAGAGGUGAUUUGAAGUGUGAUCUACAAAACAUAAUUUUAAGAGUCUCUCAAUAUCCACACUUGUCCCAUUAAUCCCUAUACAUCAGAGGUCCACAAACUGUGGGGCAUGCUCCCCUAGGGUGGGGUACCAAGGAACAUUUGGAGGGGGGUGUGGCGGGCUGGGUCAGCUCCCACAGGGGGCAGGGAGGAAGGGUCACUGAGCCCCAUUGAUAGCUUUGUUCCAGCCAUGGCCCCAGCUCUGUACCUGAUCCCGUCACAGCCUUGGUACUGCUCUGCAUUUGGCUGGGGGCUUGGCUUCCAGCCCGCACCGUGGCCCUGCUCCCAAUUCCACCCCAGCCUCGGACCCUGGCCAUGGCUCCAUCCCCAGGCCCAGACCCACCCCCAGCUGCAGCUCCAGCCUCAGACCCUUACCCUGUCAGCGUCUCCUUCCCCUAACCAUGACCCCACUCCUGGCCAUGGUUCCAGGGGGGUGCAGACAGAGGGAAGGGGGCACAAUCCUCAAAAGUUUGGGGACUACUGCUGUACAUGUACAUCCUAAUAAGUAAUUUUUAAAAAUGAAUCCAGUUUGUAACCAAUUAACUGCCUUGUUCCUGUUUGGUGUCAAAUGCCUGUUCACUCACUAGUGAAAGUGGUCUUUACAAAAACAUUUUUAUAGUUAUUUUCCAGAGACAAUGUACUAAAUAGGGUGGUAGCCUAAUGGUCUUUCUACCAGAGCAUUACAUGCUUUUUCCUAGUCACUGACUAGGGAGAUGAACAUUUCUCUGGGAUUGAUUUUUGAAACCUUGGCCAGAGCCUACCAAAUAGGGAAUUUUGACAUCUAUGCUUUUGCCUAUCCAAGUUCCAUACCGGUAGGAUGACCAUUCAUAAUAGUAUGACUGUUUCCUAGAUUUUUUAAAUGUAUUAUGCAUUUACAAUUUGACUCCGAGGCUGAUUAGAUACAGACAAUCUACUAGUCUGACAGAAUCUCUUCCUCUUCCAUGGUAAUGCUGGUUUGCUCACACAGCAUGCUCCCAUCAGUCCACUUGAUGUAUCGCUGUGGGCCAUACAGUGGUGACAGCCGAUAAUGCAAAUUACAUAGGUUUUACAGGUAAUCACAACAAAAUCCGUAAAUCCGUCCCUCCAGGGAGUGCUAAUGUACAGUGGUCUCCACAGUAUUCUGCUUUUGGCCAUAGGGGAAAUUUGGAUCAGCGUCCAAAGGUGCUGAGCAAGGGGACUGGGCAGUCUCUCUGGCUAAUUUUGCCAGCAGUAGAAUUUUUAAAUAUAGGGCAUUAAGUACAAAUAUGCAAGCUACGUAGAACUAGAGAAAUCAAGGAUAUGUGUGGGAUGUACACAAAUGUAUCAAGUGAUUGGUUUGUUUUCAAAAAUGAUUUUAGCUGAUAUUUCAUUGUGUUCUUAUUUCUAAUGAGCCAUGCUGGAGUGGUAUAUAGUUAUUAAAUCAAUAUCUCAACAGAAUACAAUAAUCCUAAAUACUUUUAAUCUCUGCCAAGUGUACGGGCUGUCUACUCUAUAGUUAAAGAGGACUGUGUCAGGGACAGUUAGAAUCAGGUUCUAUAUGGUAAUAUAAACCAAUUCACCAGUCAGUGCAUCAAAGGUCCCAACAGCAGCAAAAUUUCAGUUCCUUUCUUCAAGGAUAGGUUUAUAAGUCAAAACCAAGACAGUCUAACUUAAACAAGUAAACCACAUCCUGCUGGUUAGCCCAUUUCAAAGUCCUUUUCCUUCACCCAGGGCCUCCUGCAGAUCUCUCUGUAACUGGGCUGCUUGCUGUUCUUUUAUCUGAUGAGGAGGUAAUCUGCAGGCUAUCACCUGAUUCCUGACCUCAAACCCGUCACCUGAUAGGCAGCUAAUUAAUCAUAGGUGGAGCUAAGCCUAUCCCCCUUAAAGGGCCAGCCCAACCUGUGAGCAGGUCCACAACUAUAUUUCCAAAUGGUAUUAGAGUCUUAGACAUGUUUUAACCAAAAGAGGGGGGAUGUAGUUGUAAUUGCACUAUAUGUACAACAAAUGACUAAAAUAAAACUAGUUGUAUAUAACUUAUAAUAAAUUAUCACAAAGAAAAUGCCAAAUGAUAUAAAAAUAAGAUUUUUGCAUAGCUUUAGCAUAUGAAUUCUAUAUAUUUUAGAUUAAUAUGAUGUUUCUAAACCUGUAGGAUAGACCUCCACUAUAGCCCUUAGGGAGGCUUGAGAAGAGACCCACGGGAGGCAGGGAAAACUGUAUUAGCCUGGAUCUAUUCUAACCGGCAUUGCAACUCUGAAACGAUAAUGAACAGUAGCAGCCCAGAUUCUCCUUCUUCUAAAUAAAAGUACUCAUUUGGCUCAGCCCACUGUGUAAGAGAGUUCACAGGAUAAGAUACACUAAUUUCAAAAAAUGAAACCUGCAGUUUAUUUGUAGUAAGUCCUGGAGACAGCCACCUUGCGAAAACAAUAAAUCCCUUGUUGAGGGACAGACUAAGCCUUCUGCUUUAGUAACUUUACAAUCUUGAAAAAUUGUCAAUAUUUAGACAAAUUAUACAUUUUUACAGUGUGUGGGGCAGCAAAUGUAGGAUUUUCCCAUUCAGUGUUAUAGCAGAUGCUCAGUGAACCAGUGUCCUGCCAUCCAUUUGAAAACAUAAUUUAUAACCAUAGUCCCUUAUCCGCCCUGCCAAAACCUAGCCCAUUAUGUGGAUUUUGUGCAUUGAUAGGAGAGCAGACUUUUUAAAAGUCUGAAACUGUCUGCUUAUUCUCUCUCUCUCUCUCCCCCUGUUCCUCCUCCCACUGACCCUUAGUUUACCAGAAAGCAGACACAAUCCUCAGGUAUCUGGACGUUUAUAGCUGUCAUAUACCUGGGAGCUGACUCUGCACAUGUGUUUAGCUCCCAUUCUAGACCAUCACAGUUACAUGUGCUUCCGGCUUCUUUGGAGAAUUGUUCCUAGAAAUAGCUUCUAAAUAUUGAAACUAAUUUAGAAACUGGUUUGCUGUCUCUUAUACUGUGUGCUAGUGUAAAAAUGACUAUACUUUAAGGCAGGAUUGACACUUCUAGGACCACACUGAGAAAUACCAAUUGCAAAAACUUAAGAAGACUUCACAUUUCAUUUGUGAUGACAAGCAAUUCUUACCUUAUGAACAUUUAUGAUGAUACUUGCUCUUACCGCCUUUACUGGGAGAAAAUUCCUAUUGAAAUCUGUAGGUGUUUUGUCUGUAUGGACUAAAAUUGGCUUCUAGGAGCGAGCAAAAUGGGUGCCAUUUUCCUUAAUGGAAAAGCUAGUGGUGCAAAUAUGUUAAUAGUUUGAGUGUUUUAAACAAAGCACUAGGCCCAGUAAUUUCCCACCCUAAAAAAAGUGCAAUAUAAAACUGCUUUUGCAGUUCUUGGUAACAAGCUCAGGAGUCCAAAUAUAAAGGCAGAACAGCAUAGAAGGCACUAUACGUUAAGCAUUACUUUUCCAAGGUAAUGUAAGAAAAGAACCUAAUAGCCCACUUGGUGGACUUUGGCCUUCAGGGUAAAGUUCUGUCUGAAAAUGAAUUUCUUGUCUUCAUUAUAGAAAAAUCAGUCUACACUAUGGCAGUUACUUUACUGUGUAGGAAAAUGUACAGCUAAAAUCUGACAAGUAAGUCAGAUUGAGUGGGGGGAGGGAUAGGUUAGUGGUUUGAGCAUUAGCUUGCUAAACCCAGGGUUGUGAGUUCAAUCUUUGAGGGGCUCAUUUAGGGAUCUGGGGCAAAAAUUGGGGAUUGGUCCUGUUUUGAGCAGGGGGUUGGACUAGAUGAUCUCCUGAGAUCCCUUCCAACCCUGAUAGUCUAGGAUUUCUUAGUCAUGACAAGGACUUCUAGGAAAGUUUUUUUGUUUUUGAAUAAUAAGGUACAGAUUGAGUUUACAUUUUAUCUCUCUUUCCAUAUCUUCUAAAUGUAAAGACGGAACUGUAUUGGAGUUACAUAACAUCUAAUUUAGGUAUAUCAUAUGAAAUACUGAAAAAGAGCUAACUUGGAGCUCUUUGAUUUAUUCCUGUUUUCAGAUAAUGUUCAUUUUUAAGAGCUCUAUUAACUUGAAUAUUUGUCACUUUUCUGACUUGCUACUGUUUUUGUUGCAUUUUUUCUGUAAGAAAGUUUUCCUGCAUUAAUUGUUGUUCUUCAUCUAAGUUCUUUGCUCUGUAGGGGGUCACCCCUAGGCAGAAGGCCAAUACAAAUCUCUGCACCAUCUAAAUUCCUCAUAAGCCCUCAAAUAGUGCCUUUAGUGGGACUUAAUGGACCAUGAGCUUAUGCUAAUCCUCAGCUCAGGCGUGAGUUUCAACGUAAUUCAAGUGAAAGGGGCUGUUAAAGGAGAGUGUUCCCUCAAAGGUAAACAGUCUGAUCCUUUUCUCCUGAAGGCAUAUCCUAAAGGGUGCUGAGUUCCUAAAACGCUAAUUGAUGCCAGGGGAAGUUACAAGUACUCAGCACCUCCACGGAGGUAGUUUAUUGAAUUCAGUGGUAAUUUUGUCACUUAUGUCAGCGGGAGCAGGAGUUUUAAUUGUGAGGCUGUGUGGCUGGAACUCUUUUUUUUUUUUUUUUCCGUCCACUGUUCCUACUUUCAGAAAAAAAGACAACAUUCUGUGUUGAAGAGCAACGUAGAAAUAUUUUAGUCCAUGCUGCUAACGUUUGUAUUUAUAUUUAUUAAAAUUUUCUGAUAGGACAUACUGAGAAUGGUGGCAGGGUCCUGCUUAGUAUCGUGUUACAUGGGUAUAAGCACUGUGGAUACUAGACAAUAUUCUGACUAAUGAUUUGGAUAAUGGAACAUAGAGUGUGCUUAUAAAAUCUGCAGAUGGCACCAAGCUGGGAAGGAAUGCUAACAUUCUGGAAGACAGGAUUAGAAUUCAAAACAACCUUGCCAAAUUAGAGAAUUGUUCUGAAAUCAACAAGAUGAAAUUCAGUAAAGACAAGUGCAAAGUCCUUUACUUAGGGAAAGAAAAUUCCAAUGCACAACUACAAAAUAGGGAAUAACUGGCUAGGUGGAAGUACAGCUGAAAAGGAUCUGGUGCUUACAGUGGAUCACAAAUUGAAUAUGAGUUAACAAUGUGAUGCAGGUGCAGAAAAGGGUAAUAUUCUGUGGUAUGUUUAGUCUUGAGAAAAGAAGAUUGAGGGGGGACCUGAUAAGUCUUCAGAUGUGUUAAGGGAUGCUAUAAAGAGGAUGGUGAUCAAUUGUUCUCCAUGUCCAGUGAAAGAAGGAUGAGAAGUAAUAGAUAAAGAAGCAAGGAGAUUUAGGUUAGAUAUUAGGAAAAACUUUCUAACUGUAAAUGUAGUUAAGCUCUGGAAUAGGCUUCCCAGUGAGGUUAUGUAAUCCCCAUCAUUGGAGGUUUUUAAGAACAGGCUUGGCAAACCUGUCAGGGAUAGUUUAUGUUUACUUGGUCCUGCCUCAGCGUAGAGGGCUACACUGGAUGACCACUUGAGAUCCCUUCUAGCUGUACAUUUCUAUGAUUCUAUGGAUUCCUGGAUGCAGCUCAUACUCUCAUAGGCUCUCUUGCACAGAGCAAAAGUCAACUCCACCUUUUAGACUGUAAGCUCUUUGGAAGGGACUGUCAUUUUCUAUUUUUGUUAAGUGACACAAUAGGGCCUCACCCUGUUUGAGGUCUGUAAGUGGUUCUCACAGUACGAAUGAUAAAUAACAGUUGAAACUAGUUUGUAUAGCUCCUUAAACACCCCUGAUUAUUUCUAAUGUAUUUACAGCUGUGUGGAGCAAAAAAAGGAACAUAGUGUUGAGUGAAAUGGGGUCUGGCAGCUCCCAGAGCCAUUAUUUAAUAUUUUAUACUGGAUCAAAUGGCUGCAUAGCAGUCUUAAUCACCCAGAAAACUUACCCAGCCAAGAGCUAGACUAACAGCCACUGUUAUGAAGAAGUGGAGGCCUGUAAUUGAGUGACACACACAUGUCUUCUCCUUUCCAGUGCAUUAGUCAAACAGCUGAGCAUUGUUGUUGCAGCAGAAACAACACAGGAUCAUGGGGACUGCUAGACAUGCAGCAUGUUGCUGAGCAUGGUUUUGUACAACUCAUAGCUGCAGAUUUGUGUUAUUGCAGCAUAUGCACUGAUGUAAUAGUAGUAAGUGCAGUGAUGUUGCUAUGAGGCACUGACUUCAAUGAAUAUUGAGGGCGUUUAGCACCUCCCAGGAUCAGGUCCUAAGUGGACAAGAGCUGUCUGAUGUGCCAGGCGCAUCUUCAUUGAUCUGCGUAUAGCAUUUUCACUUAGGUCUAUUCUUGUUCUGGCCACAUGUAUUGCCCAGGGUGAAAGUCCCUCAGUAGGGCAUGGAAGACACUGUAUUUCUUAAAGCCCUGCUUCCCCACAUAAUGCAAACAAGGAGCGGGAAUACAACUAAUAAAACUAAGACCACCUAGUAAUGGUCAGGGGAGUAUGAUUUUCUUCCACCCCCAACUGCCCGCUCUCUUAGCUCUGAUUCUUGCUUCAGACUGGCAUGCUGCAGAGCAGGAUGACUACUUCCUCAUGCAGGGCUUUCCCUGGGAACUGGAGUAAAUUCUUGCCCCAUACUACUGUCGGGUGGGCCUCUUGCUUUCUAUUCUACUCACUCAGAGUGUCAGAGUACCUCCAGCCUGACUGAAACAACAGAAUAUAGGGAAGUGGGACAACCAUCCCAUGGUUUAAGGUCAGCCAGAUUGUUACCAGUUGCUGCUGUUUUUAACGCAGUACAAAACCAAAGACACCCCAGAAAACAUAGGCCAGUUUGGGAGCAGAUCUGAAGACUAAGAUGAUCUGAUAUUUGUAACAAUUGUUUUGUACCAGUGAUGGUAUUCUAAGCCUGUUUGCACAUCCUCCUGGUCUUUUUUUGUUGACUUGUUUCAUUAGUGGUAAGGUUAGCCAUGGUGAUAUCAUCAAAACAAUGUAUUUGGGUAACAUUCAACAUGAACCAAAGCCUGCAUUUGGCAUGUGCCAAGUGUGGAGUAGCAUAGAAACCCACAUGUGGUCAGCAGCCCUUCCAGCACACUCUAGUGUCUUGCUGUUGUCACCCCCAUAUCCUCCUUUCAUCUUGAAAGCAGAACCCCGUAAAGUCAAACACACUGACUCAAAUCUGUUGGCAGCUGUUGACUUCCUAUCUCCUCCUCCUUGUUAACACCAAUGUCCCAGGCCUGCUGAUGACAAGCAACUAUUCCUCCUUCGCUCCACAGAUAUGCUUCUGAGGGUCAUUAGAGUCCGGCCAUGCACCAGGUGUCUUUUCUUUGCUCCAUAGAAGCUAGCACCAGUUAUAACUAUGUAUUUCUGAAAAAACAAUGUAAGAACUAAUAUUCUUUAUACUUACUAGCUUACAAGCUACUGACAUCUUAUUUGCUCAAGUUGUUACAACUUUCAGAGUACUGUGGCUGUCUGGCAUGAUACAGGAAGGCAAAGAUACCACUGAACUUCUUUUGGAAGUGCAAAUAUUUUCAGACCUCGUUUUUCAGCCCAGUCAACACAUGCAAACAGUAAAUAUUGCAUAUGCUGUAACCUCCAAAUAUUAACUGGAUUGAUACAAAUUUGGGGUUUGAGGAUAAGGUUAAUAAUAAUGAAUUUGCUAACAUGAUUCAAACUAUUCUCAUGUGCUUUCCUAUCUGUCUUUGAAUGCAAAUGUUGUUACAAAGAAAAUGCUUGAAAUGUCAACAUAAUAUGCAAUUUACAUAGUUUUGUCAUGGCCCUGUAUAUAUGAAGCUUAUUUAAGUUACUCAAAUAUGUAUAAUAAUAAAAAAACUGUCUAACAUAAGAAGGCUGUAGUAUGUAAUCAAAUGGCUACUUUUGCUUUACAAACACUCACAUUGUUUCAGCAGUGGAAAAAGCUUAGCUCCCAAUUAAGCUUUCAGAAUGAUGGGAUAUAUUUCAUAGUAAUUGUCGUCUUCUCCACUGACUUCAACAGCACUACAGGGAUGACUUUACCAGCUAUUAAAGUCAAGUCAAGUAAAUAAAAUCUGUAUACAUUUUUGUUUUAGUUGGCUGUAAUAUAACCUGUUCUAAAAUUCUAGAAGGGCAGUUGUAUAUCUUCUUUUUUUUUUGGAUCAAGCAUUAUAGCAACACCCCGUAGUGCUAAAAUAGCUAAGGUUGUAUCAGCAUUUCUGUGACAUACGAGUUUAUACUUUACUUGGAUUGCAAUUUAGCACACAAAAUCUCAGCUGGAAGUACAAUACCUUUACUAUGGUCAUUUAAACAACAAUAAAUUUGGCAAUUUUUAAGUUA